AUGCAAGUCGCAGAUCCAAUUGCCACCACCAUACUUCACCUCCUCUGCACCGCGGCAACGCUUUGCAUGGGGAUUAUUUUCCUGCACCUCGCUUAUAGCGAGCCCAAGAUUAAGUACUAUGCAUUCUAUGCUGGAGCACACGCAAUCGUGAUUGGCGCUGUCAGGCUGCUCACCUCAAGAAGCAUUUAUCGCAAUGCUCUUGCAAAGAAGAAUGAAGCAACGAAACCCCAGUCGAGUGCGGAAACCGCGCACGAAACCACUGAGACGGAGAGCAUUUGGGAAGAUGGGAAGCCUCGGGGAGUUUCCGAGAAUGCAGACUCGUUGGUCUGA